AUGUACUCUGCUAUUCACAGUCCAAUGCCCUCUGAUGCAGAACUAGCCAACCAAGCCCUCGCAGAUGAAACCAGCUAUCGUUUUUCAAGUUUCACUGCCAAUGACGCAGUCACCCUCGGUCUGUCGAUUCGCAAACGCUUUCGCGGAAGUAGUCGCCAUGCAAGAGGCAAAGGGAUGGUGAUUUCGAUACAAUCAAUUGCCGGCCAUACUCUGUUCGCGUGCACUGCGGGUGACUUGGGACAUCCCUCUGGCGCUGGAGAUGUCAGCCUGGAUAGCUGGACAUGUCUCCAGGGAAUGAUCGACAUUGUGAAACGGACGAGUCACUCAAGCUAUUACAUCGAGAAGGGAAUGAAUGCGAUGGGAAAGACAGCGAAGCAAAUGGGCUUGGAUUCUGGCGUUGCGAUAUGUGGUGGAGCACUCCCUAUCUGGCUAGAGAAUGCGCCUUGCUGUCCAAUAGCUGUAGCUGCUUGUUACUCCGGCUCUAGCCAGGAUGAUCACAAGCUGCUCAUGAGUACAGUUCGUGAUUACCUGCACAAGAUGCGGGGAGAGCCAGGGUCCUCAAGACUAUCACUCUCUUCCUUUGCCCCCACGGAGAUGCCUAUUCCAGCGGUUGCAAACCCUGAGCUGCGAGGUGCGGGUGAAGGUUCUUCUGAACUACACAUUGGCGACGCCCGUUACAUUCAACGGAGGGAAAGUGUUCACGAAGAAUCGAUCCAUCGUCGUAGCUCUUUUGAGGUUACGGAUUGA